GUUUUUUAAUGUCUUUAAAACGGGUGCGUAAAACGAAGAGCGUUUGUAAUGUUUAAUUUGCAGUAUCAUAUUUCUUAUUCAUCGUUUGAGUUAAAGUCUGCUCUGAUAGUAAAGCGGGUUCCCGUAGCUCUCAGUCAUAGAUGUCCUCUGCGCUGAAAAGAGGCCUGCAGCUGGACACAACAGCAACCUCUGAUGUGUUAAAAACCGAAGAAGAUAUUGACGUGACAGAUCCUGACGGAUGUGCCGGGCAGCGCGGCUGCUGCGGGGAACAAGGAGAGAAUAAAGUGACCCUGUCUCCAGAGAGCCAUCAGCAGAAAGCGCGCAAGAUGACCCGGAGCCCCAAAUGCGCGCGCUGUCGGAACCACGGCGUCGUCUCGUGUUUGAAAGGCCACAAACGCUUCUGCCGCUGGAGGGACUGCCGCUGCGCCUGCUGCCUGCUGGUGGUGGAGCGGCAGCGCGUCAUGGCAGCGCAGGUCGCGCUGAGGAGGCAGCAAGCGGCGGAGGUGAGGAGAGCACAGAGGGAGGUCAGUGAGUGGGGGUUAGAGAUUAAACAGGUGGAUUAAACAAACGUAACCCUCCACUGAGGGUCAUCGUGGUAGUCUUAUUUUGUUUUUUACUCUCAAAUAACAAUGACUUCUAUUAACUUCAGGAGAGAAAGUAACAACCCUCUGGUUUUUAUGAGCCUUUUAUGCAUUUUUAUGCCAUGAGAGGAAAUAUCUAAAUUAAACUAAACUCGAUAGAAGAACCUUAGAAUUAAUAAUAAGGCCAAAUCUGUGCACUUUAAAUAUUAUGCAUGUGGUUUUGUUUUGUUUUGUUUAGUUUUGUUACCAUGCCUAAAAGCAGAAAUCACAGAAGUAAACUUUGUUCUUCCAAAAAUUGAUUAUCUGUGUUUUAGCAUGCUGUGAAAGUCUAAAUAUUAAAGUGAAGGUUUGUUAGUUUGUUAUUUGUUUUGUGGGUUUGUCAGGUGUUAUCCCAUAAGUAAGCCUCUCUCUCUCUCACCCACAACAAAAUCAGACACACUUAUUAAAGUAAUACACAAAUAUAAAAGACUAUCAUUAAAUAAGACUGGAAUAUUUCCCUUGAGAAUAAUUGUCUCAUUUAUAGUUUUUUUUUAACCUAAAAAGUGUUUUUUUUUUGGUCCACAUUCAGCUCUUAUUCAUGAGAGAAAAGUAAGUUUUUUAACAUAAAAAUGUGAACACUGUUUAGAGUCUAUUUUACAGACUAUAAAAUGUAUUAUAUGUUAUGGCAUGGUAUAAUCAAAUGAAUACAAUAAAAUGUAUGGAAUUAAACAAGGCACUGAUACAGGCCUCACAAUUAAACUGAGCGAUUCUUUUCCUGCUGUAUCACCAGGGUCAGAAUCUCUCAUUUUAAUACCAUAAAAUUACAAAGAGCUAUACUUGCCUUACAUAAUGUUUUAAUUCCCUUUAAUUACCCCAGGGCCUCAGACUCAGUUUAAUAUGAUUGUGUCUGGAUGUCUGACUCCUGUUCCCAUGUUUCCUGCAGGGUAAGAGGGGGGUCAGGUGUGCAGCUCCGUUGCGGAGGACAGCGUAUCAGCGUUACAGCCGAGCAGCAGAACAACCGAGCAGCCUGGCUAAGAGCCUCCUGCAGGGUAAAGUUUAAUUAUCAUCUCCACUCUUGUUAAUGUUCUGCCUCCCUCCUAGACAGAGGAGGAAAGUGCUUAUUUUUCUUUUCAGCAGAUCUGAUAAAAUCUUCAAAGAUAAUGUUUCUCUGCUGCUUUCAGUACUUUGAGUCAAUCUGAGUUCAUAAAGAUUAGUACUCAUUCAGCAUUUCAAACACGGAUAUUCUUGUACUGUAAGUAUCUCAGGAAGUAGGAAAAAAAUAUAUAAACUAUGAAGCAUGAAGAAAACUUACAUGAGGUAUAAAAAAGUUUUGCAAACAGAUUACAAAUAUUUAAAAUAUAAGAAUAUGAUUAUACAAAAUAUUCAUUAUUUUCAAUCAUAGCUGAUAACACUACCACAGAUAGAUAAAACGUUUUUUUCAUUAUUUUUCUUUUUUUUCUAUAUUUGUUUAUAACUGAAAGUAAUAGUUGUUGUAAAGACUUGCUCACUUUUCUAAGUAUACUAUUUGUACUUGAACUAAAUGACUUUGCCUUUUCUGAAAACUUUUCUUCCAUGAACUGAUUUAAAGCUGUGCACAAUUUAAGUCCAAACAGAAAAUCACUGUUUGACUUUAUGAGGACCUCAUUUGGUCCUCUCAGGGUUAUAGUCCCCACAAUGUCAAUAAACAAACACAUGUGUGACCUUUAAAGAUAGGGUGUGUAGAAAUGGGCGUAUUAAGGGAAAUAUUAGGGAUGCACCGAUCUGAUAUUUGGAUUGGAUAUCGGCUCCAAUAUUGACAAAUUACCUGGAUCGGAUAUCUGAUGAAUGACAGCAAUCCAGUGUUCCGAUCCCGUCUUUUUUUUUUCUUCUUUUGAUUCAUAUUAUACACAGCAACACAGCGAUUCUGUUGACUAUCCUUUUGCACUAAAUCAGGGCUGCACUAUAUGUAGUUUGGACAUUAUUAUGUGCUCAACAGUCACAUUGCAGAGCCUGAGAUAUUGGAGGCAAAUGAACUCUUCUAAUUUCAAGGGUAGCCGACUGAAAUGCACUGCAUGUGACUCUGCAUGUGCCGUGUAGGGAUCCCCCAAUCACAUUCGUUCUUUACUCAGAUACCAGCCGUCAAUCAAAAUCAGAGAGUGAUUUUGUACAUGAAGUGAGUCGCUGGCGCUGCCGUUGUUGUGCCGAAAAAAGGAAUGCACUUUUGGAACAUUAACAUCACUGUUUAGCCCCACAAAUAUGAAUUGUAUGGGUUUUAAAUUGUACAUUUCCGUGGACCCCUCUACUAUAACCGGUGCGCGUUUUUAGUGAGGUGCAUGCAAUUCUCGGCGGACAUGCAUUUGUCGGCAACAACAACAAAGAUUGCAAAAUGAGCAACAAACAAGAGAAAACCACCAAAAAUGAAAACUUGUUGCCAAAAAGAAAAGCAACGUCAGUUAUCUGGAUUUAUUUUGGUUACAAGAAGGACGAUGUCGACUAAAACACCUGUUCUGUGUCGGCAUUGCCUUUUAUCUGUUGCCACAAUGAGAGAUAACCCAGUGCAAUAAAAGCAAGUUAAAAAUGUGUCUAAGACAGAAACUAACAUUUAUGAAAAGAGGUGAGAUUAAUUAAUUUGUUACCUUUUUUAUAAGAAGGCUAAUAUCAAGCCUGAUGCCUUCACUCACAGGACAAGGUAUACAGUUCAUUCAUUCUACAGUAGUAUUAGAUCGGUAUCGGAUAUUGGCCGAUAUGCUCAGCCCAGGUAUCAGUAUCGGAUUGGGUCGGAAAAAAAUGGAUCGGUGCAUCUCUACGAUAUUUAUGGCGAUCACAGUCCAGAUUACAUGCUCCCUUGCUCACCCCUCUUGUCAGUGAUGGUGGUCCUCUGAGACAAUAAGCUCCUGUGAUAAACGAUAAGCAUGAUCCUACAAUUAUAUAUUUUUUAACCAUCAAAAAUUUCCAUCGAAUGAGCCCCUUCUUUUUCGAAUAGUUCUUCCUCAGAUCAGACUGUAAUUUAAACGUACUUAUAUUAUAUUCCAUUUCUACCAAGUCUGUUUUGCUGAAUGCCUCUGAGUAUCACACACUGUACCUUUAAUAAGACAAAAACUGUCACAGGUGAUUUCCAGCUUUUUCUCAGCAGUCGUUAAAACCAAGACACUUUGUUCAAACAAAUCUGAUCACUGUGGCUUCAUUAUUUCACACCAACAGGCCAUUAUUGUAAUACACAGUGUGAAUUCAUACCUGCUGGCAUUAAGUCAAUUCCCCGCUGCAGCCUUUGCCUUCUUUAUGGCCCUCUGUGCUCGCAGUAAAGCAAAACUGACACGGCUAACCAAGCGGAUCAUUAAAAUAACAGAGAGCUAAGCACUCAAACACAAACACAACAAUUAACCGGUCAGCACAACGUCAUUAUUCAAACCUGAGUAACUUCUAUGAAAACAUGACGUGGCUUUGCUCUCUGUGCAGGACUGAAACCAGCGAGGCAGCUGGAGGCCGCCGCCCCCUGCUGGUCGAAGCAGACGCACCGCGAGCAAACAAACUUCCCCUGUCCCACCAUCAGCGCCCGCAUGAGGAAGAGGAGAGCGUUCGCCGACAAGGAGCUGGAGAACGUGAUGCUGGAACGAGAGCUGAGACAGAGGGAGCUGCACAGCGACCUCUCCUUCUCCUCCUCCGCCCUCGUCCCCGUCUUUCACCCCCCGCCGUUACCUUCCUCACCCAACCUGCAAUGCUGCCUUCUGAACAAGGACCCUGCCGCUACAGGGUCGUCCAGUUACGUGCCUGUGUAUAAAUAUAAGCCUCUGUAUGAGUGUGACUUUCAGUUCUAUCAGUUCUUCCAGCUAAAGAGCAGAUCUUCAACCGAGUGUGAGCUUUUAUGUCAAACUGCUGAACAAACGAGGGAGGAGGAGGAGGAGGGGAAGAGCAGGUGGAAAGGCUGCGAGAAGAAAGAACAACCAGAUUUGAUACCCCUGACGUCACAGCAAAGACUCAAACAUAACAGCAGCACCUCAUCAGGUCUAGACCUCGUCAAAACUGCUUCAGAUACUCCAGAAAUAAUGAACUCAAACAGGUCAGCUGCCACACUCUCCAUCCCCGGAGCAGAUCAGUGUAUCCUGGGCGGACCGGACGUCAGCUUACCCAGCAGGACUUUUGAUCCCAGACCCCUGAUGGGGAAAAGCUGGUGUAUAGACACUCCUGACAACCAGGCGGGUUCUCACGCUGACACUGUCAAGAGCCCUCAUGGCAGCUCAGUCAGGACUCCCGCUGUGAGGCCAUUACCUUUCUCUGUGGAGGCUCUGCUGAGGGCCUGA